CUCUCAAUGCUAGUACUAUGAGACUUACUAAUUGAAUCAUAGACCUGCAAACCUUCUCUACUCAUGCAUCUUCAUAUGGAGGCCAUAAAUAGCCUCCACAAUAAUACGCGUGUUGCAUUGAACAAUCAGUUAAGCUUUACCAACUGCGGAAUGCGUAUUUGAUCUGGUGUUGUGCUGAAUGGUUCGACCAUGUCUAAUGAACCAUGGUUUUUUAUGUGCAUAGGAGCCGAGGGCUAUACAUAACCAUAAAUAUGCUGAUUUGCACAUGUCUUGUAACUUCAACACAACACAAAAUGCCGAAGCGUUCCAUCUGCCACAUCUCAAGCUCUUCCUCAUGGUUAAAAGACCCCGAAAAGCGUGUUUGGAUCGACUAUGAUCGCCCUCUUUCAACACCCGUCCGCUUCCUUAUACUUUCCGACACGCAUGGCGCCGACUUACCGUCGAAUCUUCCUCCAUGCGACGUGCUCCUCCAUUGUGGUGAUCUGACCGAAGACGGGACUCCAGAAAGCAUCUUCGCCGCUCUUCGGAACGUGGGCAAUAUGGAAGCCAAAUUGAGACUCGUCAUCGCUGGCAACCAUGAUAUCUCCCUGGAAAAAGGGUACUGGGUAUCGCAAGGUGGAGCAGAAUCCGAUUCAGAAAGAGCGCAGGCGCUGUUUAACCCGGAAUGCGGAACUAACCAACAUGGGAUCACUUUUCUCUCUGAGGGUACUCAUACUUUCAAUCUACCAUGCGGCGCUGUCUUCAAAAUCUAUGCCUCACCAUACACUCCUGGAUGCGGUACAUCGGCGAAAAACGCUGGCACUGAGACCUCGAUUAUCCCAGAGAAUGUCGACAUUGUCAUGACCCAUGGGCCACCAAAGUAUAUUCUAGAUGAGACCGCCGGUGACAGUGCAGGAUGUGAGCAUCUACGAAACGCCAUAGUGCGAGUAAAACCCAGGUUACAUUGUUUCGGGCACAUUCAUAUUCCGCGGGAAGGCUGGAUCUAUCAAGCGCACAGGUUGGCAUACAAAGACCCGGCGAAACUGGAAAGUGGUGGCUCCGAGCUAAUAGCCAACAUCUUCAAAGAUUGGGUAGGGUCAAACCAAGCUCGCAAGAGAGGAUUCAAAUGCUUAUCUCCAGGCGCUGCACAAGAUUUCCGUGCGAGCAAGCAGCAAACGCUGUGCGUCAAUGGUGCAAUGGAGAGUAAGAAGGGGAAGCUUGAACAUCUAUCGUGGUUCGUUACCUUAGACUUGCCGGUAAGAAGGUAG